AUGCAGGCGUUAAAGGCCUGGAAGAAGCAGCACAAUGAAGUGACUUGGUCGAAGAAGAAAGCCUCACUCGCAGUGCUGCGGCAAAAGGAGAAGGAGGACGAGCAGGCUGCGCGAACGCUCCGGGACAAGAGGAGGGCCGACAAAGAGAACGCGGCCAACAGCCGCGCUCGAGCCCCACUGCCGUUCCCGGAGCGGGCAACCCUUGGCAAGACCCGCCGAGGCGAGGAGCACGCUGGAGCGAAGCGGCGAGACUUCGUCGCCAAGUGGGCGCAGUCCUAA